UGGGGCGCUGCCGAGGCCCUACUUUGAGAGAGCCCUUAAUUCUUUAGGUCUGCAAGUCUCGCAUUCUCAGUGCAGUGCUGCUUUUCGCACCGAAUUCCGCUUCGAGCAGCCAGCAGAGUGGCCUGCUUUCGGACUCUCGUUCCCACAACGCUCUGCGGGGCCCCGCGGCGCCUGCCGGGAGCUGUAGUCCUCGCUCUGCGUACUGCGUUCGCCGAGGGGGAGGGCGGAGCUGCCGGCGGCCCGGGCGGGCUGGCAGCGAGAGUGGGUGCGAGAGCCGCCUCCGCCUCUGCCGCCUCCGCCGUCGCCUCCUCCGCCCGGGCCGUUCGCUGCUGCGCGGGGAGAGCGAGGCGGGGCCGCCGGGGCCGCCAUGGAGCCCGACUCGGUGAUUGAGGACAAGACCAUCGAGCUCAUGUGUUCUGUGCCAAGGUCUUUGUGGCUAGGCUGCGCCAGCCUGGUAGAGAGCAUGUGCGCACUGAGUUGCCUGCAGAGCAUGCCCAGUGUCAGAUGUCUCCAGAUAAGUAAUGGAACAUCAUCAGUGAUCGUCUCCAGAAAGAGGCCAUCAGAAGGAAACUAUCAAAAAGAAAAAGACUUGUGUAUUAAAUAUUUUGACCAGUGGUCUGAAUCAGAUCAAGUGGAAUUUGUGGAACACCUUAUUUCACGAAUGUGUCAUUACCAGCAUGGACAUAUUAACUCUUACCUGAAGCCCAUGUUGCAGCGGGACUUUAUUACCGCUUUACCAGAGCAAGGCUUAGAUCACAUAGCGGAAAACAUUCUUUCCUACCUGGACGCCAGGUCUCUGUGUGCAGCAGAGCUGGUGUGUAAGGAGUGGCAGCGAGUGAUCUCUGAGGGAAUGCUUUGGAAGAAGCUGAUUGAACGAAUGGUGCGCACUGACCCUCUGUGGAAGGGACUUUCAGAAAGAAGAGGGUGGGAUCAGUACCUGUUUAAAAACAGACCAACAGAUGGCCCUCCCAAUUCAUUUUAUAGGUCAUUAUACCCAAAGAUUAUCCAGGAUAUAGAGACUAUAGAGUCUAACUGGCGGUGUGGCAGGCACAACCUGCAGCGGAUCCAGUGCCGCUCUGAGAACAGCAAAGGCGUCUACUGCUUACAGUACGACGACGAGAAGAUCAUCAGCGGCCUGCGAGACAACUCCAUUAAGAUUUGGGAUAAAACCAGCUUGGAAUGUUUGAAAGUGUUAACGGGCCACACUGGCUCUGUCCUUUGUCUCCAGUAUGAUGAGCGUGUCAUUGUGACUGGCUCUUCAGACUCCACAGUGAGAGUCUGGGAUGUGAACACAGGUGAAGUUCUGAACACGCUGAUCCACCACAACGAGGCUGUGCUGCACCUGCGCUUCAGCAAUGGGCUGAUGGUGACCUGCUCCAAGGACCGCUCCAUCGCCGUGUGGGACAUGGCCUCUGCCACCGACAUCACUCUGCGCCGCGUGCUCGUCGGCCACCGGGCCGCUGUCAACGUGGUGGACUUUGACGAUAAGUACAUAGUGUCUGCCUCUGGUGACAGGACCAUCAAAGUCUGGAGCACGAGCACCUGUGAAUUUGUUCGCACUCUGAAUGGGCACAAGCGAGGCAUUGCCUGUCUCCAGUACAGGGAUCGGCUGGUUGUUAGCGGAUCAUCAGACAACACCAUAAGGCUGUGGGAUAUUGAGUGUGGCGCCUGUUUAAGAGUCCUCGAGGGACAUGAAGAAUUGGUCCGAUGCAUCCGGUUUGAUAACAAGAGGAUUGUCAGUGGGGCCUAUGAUGGGAAAAUCAAAGUUUGGGACUUGCAAGCUGCUCUCGACCCCCGAGCCCCAGCAAGCACGUUGUGUCUGCGCACAUUGGUGGAACAUUCUGGACGUGUGUUUCGGCUACAGUUUGAUGAAUUUCAGAUCAUCAGCAGCUCGCACGAUGACACGAUUUUGAUUUGGGAUUUCUUAAAUGUGCCUCCCAGUGCCCAGAAUGAGACCCGUUCUCCCUCCAGAACAUACACUUACAUCUCCAGAUAACAGUCUGCACUUUACCCAUUUCAGGGUUUCCUAGUCUUGAACUACUGGCUACGCGGCUACCAAAUGCCUAAGGGAGUUCUUCACAGCUGAGUUAAGAAGCUGGAAUUGGUUCUAGACGCUGGGUAGAUGCAAAGCAGCCUAACUCUUCAAGUACCGAUAUUUCUCACCUCCGAUUCCGGCCUCUGCUUUGAGAAGGAUACCUUAGCCUCACCGACUUUGAGUAGUACAGAAGCCCACUUCCUCCCCCUACCAGUGAAAACAAAUCUAACGCUUCAAAUGUAAAUUGUUCAUAUGAGAGGAACGUAAAGUCUGUUUUGCAGAAGUAAAUCGACCGUCAAGAGAAGACUUGCCUCUAAUUUAUAUUGCUUUGCACUUUGGUCUGAUAUUAAGAGACAGCAUUCUUCGGUGAAAUUUUGGGUGCCAAACACCUACCCAGAAUGUCCAGGGCUUUCCUUUUCAGAAGUUAGCAUUCUCCUUUUGACCGUCCAAGUCAUGAUGAAUUCUGACUUGUAUUAGCAACAUGUUGGACAGUGGAAACAUUUCUCUGGAUUGAUUAAUAUUUUUUUGGAAUAUAUUUCCUUUCUGUACCAAUUUCUUUUAAUUUAAAGAACUAUAAACCAGGUUAUAUUCUCUCCCAACAGGUGAUAUAGCUCCUUUUCUUCUGUUAACUGUUCUCUGUACCCGCCACCAUCUCCUGAUAUUCGGUAGAGUAACACCUUCACAUGUGUGCUUGCCUCCUAAUUUAAAAUACUGUGUCCGCAUGUAGAUAUAAUGUACAUAACAGUUUAACCUCAAGGUUGCUCGAGUCAGGGCCCCCGUGCCUGAGACACUAACACACAGUGCGUUCGCAGUUAGCCAUGGGCUGGGCUCAGAACCCACUCCCAGGUCGAUGUGGAUGACCAGGACCCUUCCUGCAGUAUUCAUACGGUGUCUUUAUUUUGUCACUGUCCUUGUGCGUGUGGGGGUGUGUGUGUGUUUUAAUGGGAAUCUUGUUUGAAGAUGUAAUUUCUGAAAUUUAACACGAAAUGUUUUGUUUGUUGUGCAGUAUAUACAAUAAGAGAGGUACCGUAAAUGUUUUUGUUGUUCUUUUCCUCGUCAGUACUCCACAUUUGUGGUUACUUCCCAUGGCACUUGUCUGAUUUCUCAUCCCAGGUCACGCUCUGUGUGUUACUAACCGUGGGAAGGGAAGGGCGAGGCAGCCCCACUUACUGACUGUCCCGCCUCCGGCGUUUGUGCGUCCUGCCCCGAUCAGGUUGGUGCCAGGGCCCAUUCGUGUGUUCGAGCCCAGGUUCCAGGUCAGGCUGGUUCAGGGGCCCGCCUUGAGUGGAAGGGUCCUCCCAGGUGGUGUGAAGCCUCAGGCUCACGAACCCCAUCCCUAUCGUCUCUGGUGCCUGCUGCCGUGGCCCCAGCAAGCUCCCCUGGCUCCCAGGCGCACCGCAGCCGGGAAUAUGUGAAUGGCACCGUCAUGCUGACCCACGUGGAAAGGAUGUUGGUGUCCGGUUGGCCCUCCUUUUCCCUUGUCCAGUAUUAGGUUUUGAUUUGCCCUUUGCCACUGUUUCCAAAGAUCAAGGAAGGUCGCUAACAUUUUCAAGGACCAAUGAGAACCUCCUGUUAACCUCUUCCCGUGAGAGCACACUCUCCCCGGGGGGGAAGGUGCCCGGGCUCUGCUUUGUCCUUGUGCAUUAAGAACGGUGUGGGGAUCAACGUGUGUCUCUGUGAUUGCUUAUCGGGUUGGUUGGUUUUUUUGUUUUCCUUUGUCCUUUUAAAAAAUAACAUCCUUCUCUCGUACACGUUAUUAAGUUAAUUUCUGUUUUUGAGAAGUCUCAAAGUAUAAAAAAAAAUCUCCAUUCAUCCAGUGGAUGUGUGCGCCUGAGGGUGGUUAUGCGAGUUGUCUUCACUGACCGCUCUUCUUCCGACAGCUUUAACAGCAGACUGGGCAGGAGAGCCCGGGGCGGGGGCGGGGAGGACGCAGUGCUUCUGAACGGAUGGACUUUCUGUUGUUUUGCAUGUUUAAUAUAGAAGUUCCUGUUCCUUGGGAGAUCAUGGCCUUUGAAUAUGCACACAACCUUUGAAUUGUGCCUACUAAAUAUAGCAGGGGACUUUGGCACCCAAGGAAUUCUGACUUUCUGGGAUUAUAGUAGUAAUUCCCAGCCGUACUCUGGACUUUAUUUUGCUAACCAUAAUUGAGCAACUGUAAAUUACUGCUAUAUUAAUGUUUUAAAGCACUGGGAUAGUCUAAUUCUAACUUGUAAUUAAUUAUGUUUGCCAAUUAUCUGUUUGAAAUAAAUUUGUGUCUGAACAGCUAUUAAAACUGUUAAAUUGUACAGAUAUUAUCCAUGACAGCUUUGUACUGUGGAAUGUGCUUAAUAAAAAACAAAAAGUUUGACCUUUGUCCAAUAAAUUGCUAAGUAAUGUCAAUAAAUCAAGUAUGAGUAUUAUGCAGUACACCUGA